CUCAGCAGAGCAAGAGAGCAAACGCAAGAGUAGAAAGGAGCUCCGAUAGUGAGACAGGCCGGGAGAGAGAGCAGCAGCGAGAGAAAGAGAGAGAGAGUUAAGAAAGCCGGCGUCAUAGAGACAGAGAGAGACAGUUCAGUAGUGCUGCCAUCAGGGAUUACAACACUGCCAUGCAACCUUGGGGUGAGUGGAUGAUUUGGGGCUGUUGUCAGAUGCCAGACGAUGCCGUGCAGUCCGAGCCCUGGGCAUCACUGCAAUGAGGAGCCUUAGUGGUGGCUGAAGCAGAGGGAUCCAACAGUAGUACCAGGGUGUGAGAGGUUAGAGGUCAACAUGCCCUCCACCACCCGCUACCUUCUCCUGCUCCUGGGGGUUCUGUCUGUGGCCCAGGCCUCAAUCUUCCUCAAGGCCCGCUUCCAGAGGGACCGCCGCAACAUCCGGCCCAACAUCAUCCUCAUUCUCACUGAUGACCAGGACAUGGAGCUUGGCUCCAUGCAGGUCAUGAAUAAGACACGUCGUAUCAUGGAGCAGGGCGGGACUCACUUCUCCAAUGCCUUUGUGACCACGCCCAUGUGCUGUCCUUCUCGCUCCUCCAUGUUGACGGGGAAGUACGUUCACAACCACAACACCUACACCAACAAUGAGAACUGCUCCUCCCCCUCCUGGCAGGCCCAGCACGAGACUAGGACCUUCGGAGUGUACCUCAACAACACCGGUUACAGGACAGGCUUCUUUGGGAAGUACCUGAAUGAGUACAAUGGUUCCUAUAUUCCUCCUGGGUGGAGGGAGUGGGUGGGGCUGGUGAAGAACUCCCGCUUCUACAACUACACCCUGUGCAGGAACGGAGUCCGUGAGAAACACGGCUGCGAGUACCCCAAGGACUAUUUUACGGACCUCAUCACAGAGGACGGCAUCAACUACUUCCGCUCGUCUAAGAGGAUGUACCCUCACCGGCCAGUGAUGAUGGUGAUGAGCCACGCUGCCCCCCAUGGGCCGGAGGACUCAGCACCUCAGUACAGCGCUGCCUUCCCCAACGCAUCCCAGCACAUCACUCCGAGCUACAACUAUGCCCCGAACCCGGACAAGCACUGGAUCAUGCGUUACACUGGCGCCAUGAAGCCCAUCCACAUGGAGUUCACCAACAUGCUACAGAGGAAGAGGCUGCAGACCCUGCUCUCUGUGGACGACAGCGUGCAGAAGGUAUAUAACAUGCUGGCUGAGACUGGAGAGCUGGACAACACUUACAUCAUCUACACAGCUGACCAUGGCUACCACAUCGGUCAGUUUGGCCUGGUCAAGGGCAAGUCCAUGCCCUACGAGUUUGACAUCCGAGUACCCUUCUACAUCCGAGGGCCCAACGUGGAGGCAGGAGCCAGCAACCCUCACAUGGUGCUAAACAUUGACCUGGCGCCCACCAUCCUGGACAUCGCUGGCAUGGACGUCCCGCCGGACAUGGACGGCAAGUCCAUCCUCAAACUGCUGGACAUAGAGAGGCCAGUCAACAGGUUCCAGGUGAACAAGAAGGGGAAGGUGUGGAGAGAUUCGUUCCUGGUGGAAAGAGGGAAGUUGCUUCACAUGCGUGAUGCGCCUUCGGGGAAGGAGGUGGCCCAGGAGGAGAACUUCCUGCCUAAGUACCAGCGGGUCAAGGACCUGUGUCAGAGAGCAGAGUACCAGACACCCUGCCAGCAGCUGGGACAGAGGUGGCAGUGUGUUGAGGAUGCUACAGGGAAGCUGAGGCUGUAUAAGUGUAAGGGCAUGGUCAGCACUUCUGCAGAACGGAAGGAGGGCCCUGCCAACAUCAGGUCCAAGUACUACCCCCAGCACAAAGCAGAGCGCAAAGCAGAGCGCAACGCAGAGCCCGACAACUGCAACUGUGACCAGUUCCCCAGCUUCAGACUCAGCGCCUUCAACAAGAACAAGUUGCUUUCCAAGAAGAAGAUGAAGGCCGUCAAGAGCUACACCCGUAACCGUUCUGCCCGCUCCGUGGAGAUGGAAAUAGGAGGGGACCUGUAUGCUGUAGACUUGGGGGAUGGCUACCAGCCUGUACUGGCCCCCAGGAACCUCAGCCAGGCCCCGGGGCCACACGAAGACACUGAGGACGACUUCAGUGGCAUGGGGUUCACAAUCACCCCCAGGACUAGCAGCAACAGUCUAGCUAUAGUGCCUUCUGGCAUCAAAGUCACACACAGGUGCUCUAUCCUGGCCGAUGACACGGUGAAGUGUGAUACAGGGAUCUAUAAGUCUGUGCAGGCCAGGAAGGACCACAAACUCCACAUCGACCACGAGAUUGAGACCCUGCAGACCAAGAUCAAGAACCUGAGAGAAGUCAGGGGUCACCUGAAGAAGGCCCGCCCAGACGAGUGUGACUGUAUCCGCUACAUCUACAAGUCUAAGUACAAGAGUAAGCUCAGGCACAAAGGAGGCAACAUUCACCCAUUCAGGAAGGGACAGGAUAAGGAUAACAAGGCGUGGCUGCUGAAGGACCAGAAGAGGAGGAAGAAGAUGAGGAAACUGCUGAAACGUCUGAGGAACAACGACACCUGUAGCAUGCCUGGUCUCACCUGCUUCACCCACGACAACCAGCACUGGCAGACCGCCCCCUUCUGGACCAUGGGUCCGUUCUGUGCCUGCACCAGUGCCAACAACAACACCUACUGGUGUGUGAGGACCAUCAACGAAACUCACAACUUCCUGUUCUGUGAGUUUGCGACUGGCUUCCUGGAGUACUUUGACCUCAACACAGAUCCCUACCAGCUGAUGAAUGCUGUGAACACGCUGGACCGAACCGUCCUAAACCAGCUCCAUGUUCAACUCAUGGAGCUCCGCAGCUGCAAGGGCCACAAGCAGUGCAACCCACGCACCCGCACCCUGGAGCUGGAGGACAGAUUUGGGAAGGCUGGGAGGGAUAGGGUCCAGCAGGAGAGAGUGGCCCCUUCAGAAGCGCCCACUGCGGGGGGAACGGGAAUGGACUGGUCAGAACUUGAACCCUUGUACAGACUUGACAAGCACGCCUAUGAUCUCAAACUCAACUUCAAUGUCAGCCUGGAGGACUGGGACAACUUUGACGGGACUGUGGACAGGAUGUUCGCGUUGCUAGGCAACUUCAACCACCAGCCGAACGGGCACCGCAGCAACUUGAUUCCUGGGGAGGGGAGAGGAGGAAGAGACCAAGCCCUGGUGUCCUCAACGGACCAAUCAGCCUCAGCCAUCUACCUGACCACCCUGGCCACUCCUGCUCUCCUGCUGAGAGAGGCUGGGGCCGAGGUCCUGAGGGAGGCGCUGGGGCUGAAUGGAGAGGCGCACCGCUCUCCCUCUUCCUCCUCCUCUUCCUGUCCUCCAGUCCCAGCUGAGGAGGGCCGCUCAGACUGGGACCGCUCCCCACCUCUCCUCAACCAGUUAGGGGAUGAGGGCCGGCCCAGUCAGCAUGAGGAGGGCAGGGAGAGGGGUGAUGAAGAAGAGGAGGAGUUGUUGAGGAGACGGUCGGCCCAGUGGAGGCUGAACCAUGUUCACUGUGAGUGCAGUGACUUUGUUCAGGAAACUGAGAACGGGUUGCCCGAAUGACUGCAUGUAAGACCCCUCUCUCACUCUGUCUCCCCUCCUCACCUGAGAUUUUAGGGACACUGAAUCAGCACAAUGCCACCUCUGGCCUGUCCCCCCUUGACCUCUCACCCUCCUCCUCCUCAGGCCACAGCAGUACCUCCAGGCUGAUAUGGGGACGAGCCUGUCCCUUUAAUCCAGACUGCAGCUCUCCAGUGCCCCAACCAUAUCCCAGACAGACUGCCCCCUGCUGGCCCCUCCCUGUAAUACACCACAACACAACGGGUUUAACCAAGAGAUUCUUUAUGCGCGAACGCAGCAGCACAUGAUGUUUUGCCUAAUGCAGGACGUUACCUUGCUUUGUUUUUAGUUUGUGGGGCAGGGAGCUUUGUGAAUGUGAGAGGAAAAGAAACUUGAUCGAUUUUUGAUAUUCAUUGGAUUCUUUAAAAAAAAGAUGUGUACUUUACCUUUUAGUUUUUAAUAAUGGCUGUAUUAAUUGGUGCCAGUUCCAUCCCCUUGUGCAGAUUCCGUGUAUGUGGCACAUUGAUUAAUGCUGUUUUUUAUCAAUGUGUUACUAAUCAAUUUUUGUAAACCCUUAAUUCUAUAAAAUGCAGAUGAUGAAUAAUGAGAUGCAGCGAUGCACACACACACACACACGCACACACACACACACACACACCUCACCUCACACACUUUGAGUUACAGUGCUGUGGAACCUGCUCUUGAGUAUGGCAUCAGACUGACACGAGGAUGCUGUGGUUAGGGUUAGAGUGCAGGUAGGAACUGGGAGUAUGCCAUCUAAGUGCCAUUUAUUUUCAGUGUUGCAGCUAAUUUAAGUUUUACUAUGUUUCUAAUGAAAAACAAGAGACUUGAUAUUUAUGCGUAUCAAAACAUAAUUUGGAACGCAUUCCCUUUUGUUGUGUUCUUUUUUAAAUUUCAAAAUGAGUGAGGUCUCGAUGUUGGAACAGAAUAAGAGUUUUUCCUAUAGCUUGGAAUCUGUGGUAUGAACCGUUAUAUUUUUAUAAAACUUUUUUUUGGGUCAUUUAGCAGAUGCUCUUAUCCAGAGCAAUUAAGGUUAAGUGUCUUGCUUAAGGGCACAUCAAC